GCCAUUCAUCGGCUCCCGAUUCUUCUCUCUCUCUCUCUCUCUCUCUCUCCACAACGCCCUUAGAUUCCAGUCGCUAGGAUUCGUCGCCUCAACUCGACCUGCCUCGGGGAUUGUAAGGAGUUGGGAGCAGUGGAGUCAGAAUGGACACAAAGAUACUUCUUGCAAUGGUAAUGCUUCUGUUUGUUGUGCUUUUCGUCGGGGCGAAGGCCCAGAGUGCAGCACCACCCGUUUCACCACAUGAUGAAGAUUGGGGAUGGUGUAUAACCUCGGCCGGUGAUAAACCUGUAUGCGAUGAGAUGAUCAAGAUCUUGGAGGGCUUGGAUCCAGAGAAGUCCCACAAGUAUUCCUGCGUCGUUGGCGAAGGACCCGAGGACUGCAUGAAGAAAAUCAGUGCCGGGGAAGCGAAAAUCGGUGUCUUCGAUGGAGGCAACAUCCGCAAAGCCAGCUCCAAGUAUCAGCUGAAGCCUGUUCGUCUCGAGAUCACCGGAACAUCUACUGACAAGUACUACUCAGUCGGCAUCGUCAAGAGCAGAAACUGCCCCAGAAACCUCGGCUCCCUCAGGGGCAAGCGCUCCUGCCACAGCGGCUACGGAAGAUCUGCCGGAUGGACUAUUCCCUUGACAUUCCUCGUCAACAACAACAUCAUGCCCGUCAUCACCUCCGGACCUAGUUCCAAUGACAUUCAAUCGUUGAAGUAUUUCUUCUUGAAGAGCUGCGCCCCAACGAAUGACAACACCAAAGCAAUCUGCAGUGCCUGUAAGAACACCACGCGCUGCACGCAGGAAGACGAGUACUACGAUUACCAUGGGGCAUUCCGAGGCCUCGUUGAGGACUAAUGCGACAUUGCGUUCACGAAGCACAGCGUUCCGAGUGACUAUGCAUCCAAUGGACCCAAUGCGCAGUCAGACUGGGUUGGACUGGGCCCUGCCUCGGACUAUGCACUGAUGUGCCCGACUCCGUUGGAUGGCGAGAGCUGCACCGACAUAGCGAACUACGCCAAGUGCAACUUCGGAUCAGCUCCCCCUCAUACUGUCUUCGUUUCCGUGACCUGGCCUGACCUGGAGCUCAAGGAGUUCCACGCAGUGAUGGAUGCUGCUAACAAUGACCUCGCAUUCAACAGACUGUUCUUCCAAGGAAACAACAAAGCAGGCACCAUUUUCGUUGCCGAUGCCACUAAAACUUUGUU